UUUUGUCUGAGUUGCGACACUUCAGUAUUAGUCUGCCGUAUCCCUGUGGUGUGCAGGGACAAGAGGAUACUCAUCAUUUCAAGCAAAUACAGGAAAGACAGCAAUGGCAUUUCUGAGGACUACACUUUGUGCUGUCUUCAUGGUGACUGUAGCGUUGUCCAAACCAGUCUGUCUCAGUGAGUGCGAGGAUUCAUCCAAGUCAUCAGACUCCAGCGAGUCAAAUUCAUCAGAGGAGGCUGCCACUCAAGUUGGGCCUUCACAGGAACCCCUGGCAGACAUGUCUAAUGGUAUGGAGGAGACCGACCCCACAGACACUGCAGCCCUACUUCCCUCUGCAGACACAGGGCCUUCUCCAGCCACGCUUGAUACUUCAGCCCUGCCGGACCAUGACGACCCACAAACCUCCUCUGACGCUUUACAACUCAUGCCAGAUGAUCCUUCACAAACUGCUCUGGGUAUAGACAUUUCUCAGGACAUGCCUCAUUCUGAUCCUGCACACGACUCAGUUACUGCUGACACUAUGCACGUUCUACCAAAUACAGAUGUCUCACUGCACCCAGAACUUACAGUGACUGAUAUAACAAUAGGUAUUGGUGGCACGAACCAACCACAAGGCACCACCGCCACAUACCAAGGAUUCCUCCAGGAUGCCACUCCAACCCUUCCUCCACACAUCACCAAAGCAACGGCGCCACCAUUCUCCACAGCCCCACCCCUGCCAAUCGCUAUCGACACCACCCUGACUGGUGUUCCGGUUUGUUUCACUUUCCAGUUCACAACUCCUGUGCCGGAUCCACCUAGAGGAGAUAGCAUGUGACCUCACCUGAAAGUUAUCCAUUUCAGUUUUAGUUUCACUCCAUGUUACUGACUUACGUGUAGGUAGCAUUGUCUUCAUACAUAAUCAUUGUAAUAUCAAGUCUUUGAGUUCACAUUUCCUUCAUCAGAGUUUAGUUUAGUUUAGUUAUAAUGGUGCUACUGUACAUGACUGCUAAUAGAGACAAUGGAAAUGUCUGAACUCAACGGUAAAACUGAAGCCCUCAAAUAUAUUCCUAUGAGCAGCUGAAAAUGAAAAUGUGAUGUAAUUAAAUGUACUCAUCUUGAAUUCAAUGACUGGUUCAGAAGACAACACAAUAUAAUAAUGUUUAGUAAAA